AUAAUAUAUGAAGAAAAAAAAGUGUAUUCCAAUUCCGUUGUUUCUGGCAAGUUAAUGAUUUGUUGUUUCAUCUUGACAUUUUUCUGUGUUGUUAUGCAGCACCAAUUCUAUAAUAGACAGCGGUUUAGAUUAACCUCCUAAUAAUAUAGUCACUCUAAUCAGCCACGCUGGUUUUAACAAAGACUUAACAUUUUUGAGGACCGUACCCGGCGUUCAUUGUCGAAUUUUCAUUGGAUACUUUGAGGGACGCUGCUAUCAUCUAAAGGGUUUAGCGAGACUACUAAAUUAUUUAUGUUUAGACUGUUUUACAACAAUAUAUUUGCUGUCAGGACCAGAACCAGUAGACUAAUAAAUAAAUCGGCUCAGAAAAAUUUACUUAUACAUCCCAAACUGAACUUUGAAGCAGAAGAUAAAGAAAAAGACAAUUUCAAAAAAAUGACUCUUCCAAGUGCGGCUCGUGUUUACACAGAUGUGAAUGCGCAUAAGCCAGAUGAAUAUUGGGACUAUGAAAACUAUGUCGUUGAUUGGGGCAAUCAAGAUGAUUAUCAACUGGUCCGUAAAUUAGGACGCGGAAAGUAUUCUGAGGUUUUUGAGGCUAUUAAUAUAACGACAACGGAAAAAUGCGUUGUCAAAAUUCUGAAACCUGUUAAAAAGAAGAAGAUUAAGCGUGAAAUCAAAAUUUUGGAAAAUCUUCGUGGAGGAACCAAUAUAAUAACACUGUUAGCCGUUGUCAAGGAUCCAGUAUCUAGGACUCCGGCGCUAAUAUUUGAACAUGUUAAUAACACAGAUUUCAAGCAACUUUAUCAAACAUUAACUGAUUAUGAGAUUCGCUACUAUUUGUUUGAGCUUCUUAAGGCACUUGACUACUGCCAUAGCAUGGGAAUAAUGCAUCGCGAUGUGAAGCCUCAUAAUGUUAUGAUCGAUCAUGAAAACCGAAAAUUGCGCCUUAUUGAUUGGGGACUAGCUGAAUUUUAUCAUCCCGGUCAGGAGUAUAACGUUCGGGUGGCGUCAAGAUACUUCAAGGGUCCCGAGUUACUUGUAGAUUACCAGAUGUACGAUUAUUCACUUGAUAUGUGGUCACUGGGUUGCAUGUUGGCAUCGAUGAUAUUUCGAAAAGAGCCCUUCUUUCAUGGCCAUGACAACUAUGAUCAAUUGGUACGCAUUGCUAAGGUGCUGGGCACUGAAGAGCUUUACGCAUAUUUAGAUAAGUAUAACAUUGACUUAGAUCCAAGAUUUCACGACAUUCUACAACGUCACUCACGAAAACGAUGGGAAAGGUUUGUUCAUUCUGACAACCAACACCUCGUUUCUCCUGAAGCUCUAGAUUUUCUAGAUAAACUGUUGCGCUAUGAUCACGUGGACCGACUCACAGCCCGCGAAGCUAUGGCUCACCCGUAUUUUUUACCUAUCGUCAAUGGACAAAUGAAUCCCAAUAAUCAGCAAUAAGUUAUUUCACUAUGAUGAAUACUGUGUUUCGAAAUCGGGAUAACAGCCAUUUAACAUUUAUGAUAAUAAUUAUUAAAAAUAUAAACUCUGAAGAGAAAUAAAAUAAAUUAAGCUACUGUCUUAAAAGGAUCGAUUUGAUGAUCUGUUCUUUAUGGAAAUAAACCAAAAUAUAAUGUCUUUACAGUAAAAAUCAAGCUUUGCAUAAUAUUCUAAAAUAUGAAUUUAAAUUAAAUAUAUUUCUUUAAUGCUCUA